AUGAAUGCAGCAUGUUAUCCUCCGCGUGUGCUCGCAGCAUCACCACCGUUAGUUAAACGGCAAUGUGAGUUAACGGGAAAGUUCAGUCUGUGAGUUGAGCUGUGUGUGAAGACGGGGAUAGUUUUACCGGGCGUGUGUUUCCAGACUUUCAGAAGCAAUGCCAGCCUUUGGUGGAGCUGUGCCAUAAACCCGAAGGAGCAUCCUCUGACCCAGCGCAUCCCCCAGUGACCCCCAGGCCCCCAUCUCACUCAGGAAUAUCAUGGGAGCCCCCCCAGUUCACCUUUCCCCACUCCUCCUCCUCUCCUUCCUCCUCCUGGCCCAGCCCUGCACCUCCAUCACGCCCCAGGUUGUGGAGCGAGCGUCUGCCUCCGAGCAGCCUCAGUCCCUCGCUAACUCUACAGGGUCUGGCAAGCGGACAUGCCCGGGCGUCGUGGUGUGUAGACCCGGUAUCCUGCUGCCGGUCUGGUUGCCACUCAACCCUCCACUGGGGGAGCAGACAGGGAGGGCUCUUGUCUACUUCAUCUGUCUCAUGUACAUCUUCAUGGGCAUAUCCAUCAUCGCAGAUCGCUUCAUGGCAUCCAUAGAAGUCAUCACCUCUCAGGAGAAAGAGGUGACCAUCACUAAACCCAACGGGGAAACAACAGUAACGACAGUAAGAGUCUGGAAUGAGACUGUGUCCAACCUCACGCUCAUGGCCCUGGGCUCCUCGGCGCCUGAGAUCCUGCUCUCUGUUAUUGAGGUGUGUGGGCACAACUUUGAUGCAGGGGAGCUGGGCCCCAGCACCAUAGUGGGCAGCGCAGCCUACAAUAUGUUUGUGAUAAUUGGUCUGUGUGUGUGGGUGAUCCCAAACGAUGAGUCUCGCCACAUCAAACACCUGAGAGUGUUUUUUAUAACGGCUUUCUGGAGUAUUUUUGCCUACAUUUGGCUCUACCUCAUACUGGCUGUCAUCUCACCUGGGAUUGUAGAGGUGUGGGAGGCCAUAGUGACACUGCUUUAUUUCCCGGUGUGUGUGAUCUUGGCUUGGAUCGCUGACCGUCGCCUACUCUUCUACAAAUACAUGCACAAGCGUUACCGUGCUGACAAGAGGCACGGCAUCGUGGUCGAAAUGGAAGGUGACCUCGAGGCCAAAGGCAUUGACGUGAUCAUGGAUGGAAAGUUGUCAGACGCCAGCUCAUGCCCUGGAAACUCCUCCAGUGUGACAGUCUCCGUGCAGACAGGCAAUGAACUAGACCAGAACAACGACGAGGUGGUCCGCAUCCUGAAAGACCUGAAGGAGAAACACCCAGAUAAAGACCUGGACCAGCUGAUUGAGAUGGCCAACUACUCUUCCCUGGUCCACCAAAAGAAGAGCCGUGCCUUCUACCGUGUCCAGGCGACACGCAUGCUGAUCGGUGCCGGCAACAUAUUGAAGAAACAUGCUGCUGAUCACUCACGUCGCACAGCAGGCCAGGACACUGACAAGGCCACAUGCUCGCACAUUUGUUUUGAAAGUGCCCAGUACCAGUGCACAGAGAACUGCGGCUCUCUGAGCCUCGGGGUGAUCCUCGAGGGGGGCACAGGCCAGAACACUUUCUAUGUGGACUACUGUACAGAAAAUGGCUCUGCCAAUGCUGGGGCAGACUAUGAAUUCAGUAAGGGGACCCUGGUGUUUAAGCCAGGGGAGAGCCACAAAGAGAUCAAGGUGGGCAUCUUGGAUGAUGACGUCUUUGAGGAGGACGAGCACUUCUUUGUGCGUCUUCAGAACCUGAGGUUAGAAGAAGGUGGAAAUGAAGGGGCAGGAACUCCCCCAAAGGGUCGGCUAGUGGAGCCACUGGUAGCCACCAUCACUAUCUUGGACGAUGACCAUGCUGGCAUCUUCACUUUUGGCCAGCGUGUGCUGCGGGUGAGUGAGAGCACAGGCACGCUGACGGUGACAGUGGUGAGGAACUCGGGCUCCAGGGGCACCGUCGCCGUGCCCUACCAUACUGAGGAUGGAAGUGCAAAGGCUGGUGUGGACUACGAGGAGGCCAGAGGGGAGCUGGAAUUCACCAAUGAAAAGACUAGUCAGACCUUACAGGUGCGCAUUAUAAAUGUGGAGGAGUACGAGAAGCAGGAAAACUUCUUCAUUGUGCUAAAGGACCCCAAAUGGCUGAAGAGAGGAAUCUCGGCACUGCUGCUAAACCAGGGCCACCCCACCCCUGAGGAGGAAGAGGCCAGGAGGAUCGCUGAGAUGGGCAAACCCAUUCUAGGAGAGCACAGCAGGCUAGAAGUCAUCAUAGAGGAGUCCUCUGAGUUUAAGAACACAGUGGACAAACUCCUGAAGCACACAAAUCUGGCUGUAGUGCUCGGCACUCACUCGUGGAGAGAGCAGUUCAUUGAAGCAGUCACAGUCAGUGCAGGUAAUGGAGAUGAGGAGGAGGGACAGGAGCAGCGAAUGCCGAACUGCUUCGACUACUUUAUGCACAUAACGUGCAUUUUCUGGAAGAUUCUGUUUGCUUGCGUCCCACCCACAGAGUACUGGAAUGGCUGGGCGUGCUUCAUGGUGUCAAUCUCUGUCAUUGGUUUCUUAACAGCCAUUGUUGGAGACCUAGCUUCCCAUUUUGGCUGCACCGUCGGCCUGAGAGACACUGUCACUGCGGUGGUCUUUGUAGCACUGGGGACUUCACUACCUGAUACCUUUGCCAGUAAAGUGGCUGCCACUCAGGACCAGUAUGCGGAUGCAUGUGUGGGAAAUGUGACAGGAAGCAACGCAGUUAAUGUGUUUUUGGGCAUUGGGGUGGCCUGGUCCGUGGCUGCCGUAUAUUGGCAAGUCAAAGGUAAGGUGUUCCGUGUUGACCCCGGCUCGCUGGCCUUCUCCGUCACACUCUUCACCAUUUUUGCCUUCAUCGCCAUGGGAGUGCUGAUGGUACGCCGGAGGCCGUCCAUAGGCGGCGAACUGGGUGGCCCGCGGAUCCCCAGAGUCCUCACUUCACUGUUUCUCUGUGGACUCUGGUUCCUCUACAUCCUCUUCUCCAGCUUGGAGGCCUAUUGCCAUAUACAGGGCUUCUGAGGGAGCACAGCUGGGGAGAGUAACGACUGCACUAACAAACAAACACACAUAACCUGGGACCAUUCACCUGUACAGUUCUGCUCCAGUAACUACCACUGGGAAGACAUAUCAUCACUUCACAACUGCUGCCAUGGUUCAUAAAAAAAAAAAUGUAUACACACUACAGACGUCGCACAUGCAAACCUGUACGUUACAUCCACUGCAGGACAGUUCCAGUCAGCCCAAUUUAUUGUGACAGCACUGAUUAUUAUAUUUUUCACUUAAGUGGACUAAAUAACAUGCAGUGACUGUUUUUUGUUAAAGGAGAGCAAAGCAGGAAAGCAUGUACACUGUGAAGUCACUGGAUUUUGAUUGAUACUGGAUUAAUGCCUGAUGGCUCAUAAACUGGAUUUCAAGUUUGGUCUUAUUUCUCCUCAAGCUGAUAGAGGCUGGGUCAGAUUAGAUUGCCUCAGCUUGUAAUUAAAUGA